GGGUUUCGUUCUGUUCUCUAAAGAAGAAAAGAAUAAGCCCUCGCCCACCUUGUUCUUCUCUUCCUAAGGUCGCCGGAUCUGAAGGUGAUCGCCGGCUUUUUCUCCGGCGAUGAGGACCUGAUCGCUUAAUAGAGGAGAUCUAGCUUGUUUUCAAUGACAAUCUGGCUGGUUACCGCAUUCAGAAUCGGCGGAUCCAAACCGAUCUGAGAAGCCGGCGAUUCCUUGUAUGGCUUCCGCUAUCCUGGCAAGCCAGAAUGAGUCUUAUUGGGGAGAGCGGAAGGUUUAUAUGAAGAAAAACUCUAAUUCUAAUCCUAACCCUAGGCUUUGCCCCAACCCUAAUUCUAACCCUAACCCUAACCCUAGCCAUAUACCGUAUUCUAACGUCAGAGGGGCAUAUGAAACAAAUCAUCGGGAUCAGAAGGAAGACGCGUUGGGCACGGCAGGAACCGUCUUAUCGGAGGAUUCAUCCUCAUUCAACUGGAAACCUAUCAGCCGGGAUGUUGAAUUGGGAGGCGCUUCAGCCUGCUAUGUCAGUAUCAAUAUCUCAAACUUGUCGAAGAAAGGUAUAAGGGAUUUGAAACGGAGACUGGUGUCUGAACUAGAGCAGGUACGAAGCGUCGCGAGCCGGAUUGAGUCACGAGAGCUCCAGUCUUCGGCUAGAUCCGUGGGAUACUCUGCCUCUGGGAUUUAUUGCAGCAGCCGGGAGGUCUCGUCUCCUGCACCCUUUCAGCAUAAUCAUCUUUCACAACCUGAGUCCUUGAGUGAAAUGGAAAUGAGGGUUUUAGAAGCUAAAAAUUCUCAUCUGCCUCCGAUGCCUAACCAGGAGAUGUUUGGGCUGGCUAUGACUUCCACUACGAAGGCUGCAAUGGAUUCUAAGAAUCUUCUUUCUGGCAUUAUGAAGAAGAGCUCGCAGAUCUUGGCGAGGCUAAUGAAGCACAAGGGAGGUAUGUGGUUUAAUUCCCCGGUAGAUGUGCAGGGGAUGGGAUUGCAUGAUUACCGGCUGAUCAUUAAGCAUCCCAUGGACCUCGGGACAGUGAGAUCCAGGCUUAAAAAUGGCUUUUAUAAGACACCAUUAGAUUUUGCCGAGGACAUUAGACUGACCUUUAACAAUGCUCUUAUUUAUAAUCCGGAAGCUCAUGAGGUGCAUAAAUUGGCUGCACUUCUCCUCCGUCAGUUUGAGGGACUUUUUGGCCCGGCCUAUGCAAAGUAUGAGAAGCAGUUGGCCAGCAUUUCCAGACAAGCGGAAGAGAAGCAGAUUUUAUCUUCUUGGCCUCAUCAUGUUUCUGAAAAUUCAAUGAGAGUAGACUCGAAACCUGUUCUGUCUCCACCAGCUCCUGUUCCAGCUCCAGCUCCUGCUCCAGUUCCGCAACAGCGAGUACACUCCAACCCAGUGGAUACCCCUUCAUUGUCAUCUCCUUACCAUCAACAACCGCCGCAGAAAUAUCCCAUAACUGCUAGAACAAUCGGAAGUAAGCUACCAAAACCUAAGGCUAAAGAUCCGAAUAAGAGACCUAUGAGCUAUGAAGAGAGGCAAAAGCUAAGCUUUGGACUUCAAAGCCUGCCGGAGGAGAAAAUGAAUCAAGUUUUACAGAUUGUCAAGAAGAGAAAUAUCGACACUCAACAAGAGGGCGAUGAGAUUGUUCUGGACUUCGAGAUUAUGGACACAGAGACACUCUGGGAGCUAGAUAGAUUUGUUUACAACUGCAAGAAGAUGCUGAGCAAGAUCAAGAGGCAAGAAGCCUUGACUGGAAAUGCCGUGUCCUCUGUUCCAAUCUCAUCAGCUAUUGAACAAUCACUUCCAGCUGAUUCAAACCACAAGUCACCAAUUGCGGACGAUCCGACUGCCAAGAGGUGCAAGAAAGGUGAUCCUGUUGACGAGGAUAUUGACAUUGGCGAAGAGAUGACCUCAACAAAUUAUCCGUCCGUUGAGAUUGAAAAGGAUGAUGGUCAUGGCAGUAGCUCCAGCAGCUCCGGCACCGAUUCCUCUUCUUCCAGUGAUUCUGAUUCAAGGAGUACAUCUGGAAGUGAUUCUGAUGAUGAAGAUAGGAGUUCGCCCGUUAAAAGAUCUGGAUCUCCACCAAACUAACAUAGGUUUUAAGGCUUCCAUUGAAGUUUGUUAAAGAUGGAUUCUUUAUAGUCUGCGACUCCAUCGUGAGAGUUUUAUUAUAAAUGUUAAGAAAAUUAGUGCAAGUUGUUGAAGCUCAAGGUUUUAGCCACAUAAUUUCCUCUUCGAUGUUGCGUUGCAAUUUGCAAUUUUGUUUCCAUGGUUGAUAUUAUAUGGAUUUUUAGGGUAAUUUUCAUGUGUAACACU